AUGUUUCCAGGAAACCAACGCAAUAGAAACGACUACCAAAACCAAGGUUAUAGCCAGGACGGUUACAACCAAGGUGGAAACUACAGCCAUGGAGGCAAUUACAACCAGGGAGGUAAUUACAACCAAAAUCAGGGCUAUAGACAAGAAGGUUAUGGACAGCAAGGUUAUGGGCAACAACAUUAUGAGAAUCAGGGCCAUGGGAAUCAUGGAAACCAGGGCUAUGAUCAGGGAUUUGGGAACCAAGGCUACGAACAAGGCUACCAGAACCAGAACCAGUACCAGAGUCUGGAUUCCCAGAGUCAAGGAUACCAACUGGGAUAUAAGAACCAGGGAUAUCAGAACCAGGGAUAUCAGAACCAGGGAUAUCAGAACCAGGGAUAUCAGAACCAGGGAUAUCAAAACCAGGGAUAUCAGAAUCAGGUAUAUGACUCUCAAGGUCUGACGGGACAAGGAAGUGUCCAACAGAGUGGAAGUGGCCGCUUCAACAUGCCAAGUAUGGAGCAGCACUCUUUUGGGGGUAACACCAAUGCCAAAUAUCAAUACUCUGACUGUACUGGACCCAAGAAAGCAUUGCUUAUUGGUAUUAACUACUUUGGAAGCAAGAACCAGUUGAAUGGGUGUAUCAACGACGCCAAUAACGUUAAGAAGUUCUUGCUCACUCAAGGUUUCCAAGAGGACAACAUUGUCAUGUUGACUGACGACCAGAAAUUGGCUCGUACUAUUCCAACCAGACAGAACAUUAUCGACGGUAUGAAUUGGUUGGUUAAAGAUGCCCGACCUUCCAGCUCAUUGUGGUUCAGUUACUCUGGCCAUGGUGUCCAGGUUGAAGACAAGGAUGGCGAUGAAGAUGACGGAUUCGACGAAGCCAUUUGUCCAUUGGAUUUCGAAACUGCGGGAUUCUUGAACGAUGAUGAUAUGCACGAUAUCAUGGUGUCAAGAUUGCCUCAGGGUGUACGGUUGACCGCUUUGUUUGACUCUUGUCAUUCAGGAACUGCCUUGGACUUGCCUUAUAUGUACUCGACCAAGGGCUUAUUGAAGGAGCCCAACUUUUUCAAGGAUGCUGGUGAGGAUUUGAUGUCAACCUUUAGCGCCUACUCGAAGGGUGAUCAAGGUGGCAUGAUCAAGGGUAUCAAAGGACUAUUCAAUACCGUGGUCAACAAGGACAAGGCACAACUGGCCAGCGAGUACACCAAGAAAAACAAUACCUCUCCUGCUGAUGUCAUCUCUCUUAGUGGUUGCAAGGAUGACCAAACCUCAGCAGAUGCCAAAGAGCAGGGCCAGAGCACUGGCGCCAUGAGUUAUGCGUUCAUCAAAGUCUUAGCGAACAACCCCGACCAGUCUUAUUUGACAUUGUUGCAGAACAUGAGAGAGAUUCUCAGGGACAAAUAUAGUCAGAAGCCACAGUUGUGUUCCUCACAUCCAAUUGAUACCAACUUGAAGUUUAUCAUUUAG